GAUCGCCAUCGUGGGACCUGAUCAGGCCGAUAUGACAGUUCUGAUCUCCCGAGUCCUCACUUUUUACCGUCUUCCGCAGAUCAGCUACAGUGCCAAAGAUGAACAAUUUACCGACAAGAACCUUUUCCCUCUACUGUUCCGCAUGGUGCCCAACGAGAACCACCAGAUCUACGGGAUCCUUUCCCUGAUACAAGCCUUUGAUUGGCGGUGGGUUUCCACUGUGGGCAGUGGCACAAAAUCCAGCCAGAAAGCCAUGCAGACAUUGGCUGCUGAGGCCUCAGCCAGGAACAUUUGUAUUUCCUACCAGGGAGUAAUGAUGGCGAACGAUGAGAUUUUAAAGCUUCAACUCCAGCAGAUUGUAAGGAAUGUUGUGAAAGCAAAAACCAACAUCAGCAUCGUUUAUGGGGAAGAGGACGUGGUAUAUAAAUUCUUCAAAACAGUCAUUGAGCUGAAUGUGACUGGCAAAGUCUGGAUUGCUCCCGAGACUUGGGUCUUAUCCGACUUGGUUGCCUCGAUACCAGACAUUGGGGCAACCGGCACUGUCCUUGGUCUCACCAUCAAGCCUAUUAAGUUACCCCAGUUCACACGCUUCGUCGAGAGAACCAUACACUGCAGCACGUUGAGUAACAGGAGCUGCCAGUUUUUGCUUGAGGCUGAAAAGCUGGGCGAAACAGAAAGUUGCAGCCAAUCAAGCGAUGAGCAUCACUCACUACCCCAGGAAUCUCUAGCUGACAUUUUAAAGUCUUCCACUUGGCACUGGUCAUUCUAUACCUAUGCUGCAGUGUAUGCUCUAGCACAGGCUCUUCAUCUGCGCCUUGAGUGUGAUGAUAUAGAAGCAUGUCGAGCAGAUGAGGAGUUUGAACCUUGGCAGCUUUCUGAAAUGUUGUACCAGGUGAACUUCCUUUUGCAGAACAACACCAUCAAAUUCAGCUCCCAACAAGAUCUUUUCCUUGGCUAUGAUGUGCUUACCUGGACUUGGGCAAACGGCAAAUUUGAUCCAAAAACGAUCGGCAACUUUAGCUCUAAAAACUUGAACAUAGCUAGCAGUGAAAUUAGAUGGGCAACGCCAGAUGGCCAGGUUCCACAGUCAACUUGCAUCACGAUGUGCGAUGAAGGCCAGAUCUGGAGCAAGCAAACUUUGGACGAAUGCGCAUGUCGCUGCGAGGACUGUCUGGAGGGGACCUAUCCAAAUCACACAAAUUUGGAUGCCUGCAUUCCUUGCCCAUCGGGCACAUGGGCACCAAGGAAAAGCAGCCAGUGCUUUGCCCCCGCCGUUACUUUUCUUGACAUGAAGGACACCAUCAUCUCUGCCUUGGUGAUUCUGACCAUCGUCGAUUUCUUCCUCCUCUGCAGCUGCCUGCUGGUCUUUGCUGGCCACUGGCAAACCCCCGUGGUGAAAGCGGCAGGAGGAAAGCUGGCUUUCGUCAUGCUGGGCUCGCUGGUCUCUUGCUGCACCACCACCAGCCUCUUCAUUGGGAGGCCCACCUCGUUCACCUGCCUGAUCCGGCAGCCCAUCUUCGCCAUCAGCUUCACCUUGUGCGUGUCCUGCCUCCUGGUCCGCUCCUUUCAGAUCAUCUUUAUCUUCAAAAUGGCUUGCAAGUUCCCUAUGAUCCACAAGUAUUGGAUCAGGUACAGGGGGACCUACUUCUUUGUCACCCUCAGCAGCGGAGUGCAGGGUUUGCUCUGCUUCCUCUGGCUCUUUUUUUCCCCACCCUCUUUGCAUGCAGAUGUGAUCAACAAGAAGGAAAUCUUUCUCCGGUGCUCCGAGGGCCAUUUCCUCGGGCUGGGCUUCGUGCUGACCUACAUUACACUGCUGUGCGGGGCCUGCUUUGUGUUUGCCUUUUGGGGGCGGAACUUGCCCAAGAACUACAGUGAAGCCCGCCUCCAGACAGUCAGCAUGUUGGUGUUUCUCAUGGCGUGGGGAUCCUUUAUGCUCAUCUACACCACCACGGAAGGGAAAGGGAAGCAGAUCUCCGCUCUGCAGAUGUUCACCGUCCAGACCAGCGUCUACGCUGUCUUGUGCACCUUCUUCCUUCCGAAAUGCUACGUCAUCCUCUUCAAGCCGCAGACUAACACUGUCGCUCACUUCCAGACCUGCAUCCAGGCCUAUACAACCACCACCCGCCACUCUGCCAAGUAAGCCUGCUUUUGCAAGGGGCCACCACAGCACAGGCCCUGGGGCCAACCUGCCCAUAAGCAAACCAAUACCAAAAGUACUCCAGGAGGUGCAUGUUGGUUCUCUCUCUCACUCUCUCUAGUGACCACCUUGCCAGCAGCCUAAGUAAAUCUCCUGCAUAUUUUUGGCAUGGUGUUACUGAGCCAUCCACGUACGCCAUAUUGCUAAUAUCCAAGGUGAUGCAAGAUGUAGCAGCAGCAGAAAGUCUAGGAAAGGAAACCACAGGCAACCCCAACCUUUGGAACUCCUUGCUGAGAGAAUCCCUGCAAAGCUCUCAUUUUAUCCCCAGGCCCAGGAAGCUGAUUCAAGAUCUUAUUUGUGUGAGCUUUUGCUAUGUGGCACCUCCACUAAAAGUAUGGAUGAUUUUUAAAAAAAUACUUUGUGUUGCUGUUUUCUAUUGUUUAUUUUUAGCUGUACCAUGUCACGUUAAUCUUAUUCGCAUUUUCUUACAAAUUGGCUGUGGGGCUUGUCAGUGCCGUGGAAGGACAGAUCUCAAACUUCUGUAAACAUCAAUCCCAUUUGCACCCAUUUCCCUGGCUGACUGGUAAAGUCCAUUGAGGGCUGAGCCAG